AUGGAGAACUGGCUGAGGGAGAAUGCGAAGCCAGCGCUCCUUGAGGCGUUGGAUGAAGCAUUGCAUCGCGUAGAAAAUGACUACCAGAAUGCGUAUCACGCCGAGAAUAUCAAAGUGGCGGAACUCAACGGUCAGAUACAAGUCUUGAAAGUACAAGCUGCCAAAGUAGGCUGGCUCGAGCAACAAAACAAGAAUCUGAAGGAUGAGCUGGGUCAGCUCAAGACAUCCAAUCAUAAGCAACAUCAAAACGAGAGACAGAGCUCAGUCGCAAGUCGGACGGAGGUUAGGACGCCUUUGGGCCCCCUCUCCGCGAACAGGGCGCGAAGUCUUGGGGCAUCUGUCAAGCAUGGUGAUCACCUUGAUACCGAGAGCCUGAACCGCGAUGAGCUUAUUGCGGAGUACAACAAGCUCAAUGGCAAAUAUGGCAAGCUUCGUGGUCAGUUUUCUGACGUGCUGGGUGCAAAUGAGCUGCUCAAAAAGCAACUCCGUGACAAGAUUCAAGCCUGUGAGAAGUGGGUAGAACAUUCGAAGGUUCUGGAGGUGCAGAGUAAUUCACGAAAACAGAAGAUUGAGAAGCUCAGAGCGCGGCUAAAUGCUGUGACGCAAGAUGAUGCGACUGUCGACGCUUCUUUCGUCUCAGAAAGCCACUUGAUCACAGGUGACGGGCCUCUUCAAACCGAAGAUCUUCCGGCGCAGAACGAGAGAAAUGCCACAGACGUUAUUACCUCUUGGCCACCGCUUUUGCGCGAUGCCAGUCGCGACUCCUCAGUACUAGAUGGCACAGACGAGACGGGACGAGCACCGUCGCUGCCUCCCUUGCCGACAGUGUGGGCUGCUGCUACCUACCAUAACGCAAUUAAGGAGCCUUCAUCAGAUUCACCUGUCAUCGUGUCUGAACGAGCUGUACGGAAAAGAAGACGAGAUGACGCCCCAGCUCAAGCACCAGCGGCUACAAGAAUCAAACGGGAGGAGGAGGGCUCUGAUCCGAUCAUGACUAGCGAACAGCGUCGUUUCAUUGUCCACGAGAGUAGCUUUGACUUCGAUAAUGCCGGGGCAAGGAUUGUGACGCCGAGGAAGACAAGAACGACCCGGUCGGCGUCUCGAGAAGCACCAGAAACCGUUGUGAGGGGUCGGUCGCACUCUCACGGCAGAUCCUCUUCCUCUGCGAGAGACUCUUCACCAAGUGCAUUUGCUGCACAUGGCUCUAUGAGCGCCCAUGUUCAGGAACGCGACCGGGCAGCGGCACAGUGGCGGGAGACAAUUCAGGAUAAUGAGUAUACAGAAGCGAUGGACUAUGGCGAACCGGCUGACGAGCUUCACGCCAAUAUUCAAGGUGACCAAGCGGCAGUUCCAUGGAGACGGAACAUCCAAGCCGACAAGUGUACAGAGGCAAUGGAAUGCGGCACACCCAAUGAUCGGUCAUCAGCUUUGGAACCUACAAUAGCCACAACACCAAAGCUUAUCGCUCGAGAGCCAAAGUUCAAGGCGGUUGUACCCGUUCCUCUUCGCGAAGGCAUAGCAAGUUUAGCGGAAGACGGGAAUAGCAUAAUGCCCACGCCCACUUCAGCUGGCCGACACACCACUAAAGCCGGUCGGCUCGCAGAUCUUCUUAACAACACUGCUACACUAGAACGAGAGGCUAUCAUCCGUCCCUCCACGAGGAGUGCCAAGAAGACAUCCACUAGACAUGAUCAUGUCUUCAAGUUGCCAGAGAAGCGUGUGCUUCCUUGGCAGCAAGCAGAGAAUACAGUUGGGGAGGCUCUGAGGGCGCCAAGCACCCCAGCAGCUAGCAACGCUAAGAGAACAGUGUCGGCUAUCAAGCCUAAAAAGACCCCGUUGAACGCAACUGAAAAGACAAAGUCGAAAAAGGAUGUUCCCCUGCGCCGGCGUCCUGCAUGGAGCCUCAAACGCGCAGACUUCAAGAUCAACCCCAAAUGCAAUGACGGCUUAGAUUUCGCCUACGCUGAUGUUGUUCGUGGGAAAGACCGUGCGCUGUUACCCGGCUGUAGCAGGGAGGAGUGUUGCGGUAAGUUGUAUCGUCCCUUGGCAGAGCACGAUCUCGGCAAUACUAGUUACAUUGCGUUUACGAGUUUCUUGGAGCACUAUUUAGGGGAGGAUGCCGGUAGGCUAGGCUCGAUGGGUAAGGAGGAGAAAGAGAAGAUCUGGCUAGAUGCCAAGAUCAAGGAGUACUCUCAAAAGCAUGGCAGGCACCGCGAACGCUACAGUGCCAUGCAAGAGCCACCAGGAUGGACUGACAUAGGUAUGCCCAGCACGCAAGAAGAACUGGAGUACAGAGAGGCAGCCAAGCGAAUCGAGUCGGAGGAAAUUGCGUUCAGACGGAGCGAGGCUUUGAAAAAAGGCAGAUACCUGUUUAUGGACGAAGACCCAUAG